AAUUUGGAAUCCUCCUGCCUCGGCCUCCCCGUGUGCUCAGGUUACAGGACUGUACCACCAUGGCUGGCUUCAAAGGGGUUCUUUAGCGCAGGUCUUUUCCUUAAGAACUGCUCGUGGAACAAGGGUUACACUUCAGUGACAGAAGACAUAUUUAGGGUGCAAGGCCUCUGAGUUUGUUUUGGUCACAAAAACAAAAACUUAGCUUGUGGCAAAGUCUAACUAAAAGCCAGCUCUCACACUUGCCGUGAGAGGACUGCCGAGUAAGGCAUACCUGAAGCAGCGCAGGCCUGAGCAGCUUCCUGGGCUCAGAAUGAGGACAGCUCAGCUGUCACAGCCACUAACAGGUGGUGUAAGACAAUAGCUCCGGACUCCACUUGCGUCCCACACCCUCCAGCCGCCAAGUGUCCAGCCAGACAGCGCCAGGGAGUCACACAGGCUGCCACGCUGCUCCGGAUCCCCACCAGCACCCACAACCCAUGGAGCCCCAGCCUUUCCUCCUGCUCUUGGGCCUCUGCUCCGCUGGCCUUGUCCUGGGAUCCGAACACGAGACCCGCCUGGUGGCAAAGCUGUUUCACAACUACAGCAGCGUGGUGCGGCCAGUGGAGGACUAUCGUCACGUGGUGGAGGUCACUGUGGGCCUGCAGCUCAUCCAGCUCAUCAAUGUGGAUGAAGUAAAUCAAAUUGUCACAACCAACGUUCGUCUGAAACAGCAAUGGGUGGAUUGCAACCUAAAAUGGAAUCCAGAUGACUAUGGUGGUGUGAAAAAAAUCCACGUUCCCUCAGAAAAGGUCUGGCGGCCAGACUUUGUUCUGUACAACAACGCAGAUGGUGACUUUGCCAUCGUCAAGUUCACCAAGGUUCUCCUGGAUUACACGGGCCACAUCACGUGGACACCUCCAGCCAUCUUUAAAAGCUACUGUGAGAUCAUCGUGACCCACUUCCCUUUUGAUGAGCAGAACUGCAGCAUGAAGCUGGGCACAUGGACCUACGACGGCUCUGUGGUGGCCAUCUAUCCGGAAAGUGACCAGCCGGACCUGAGCAACUUCAUGGAGAGUGGGGAGUGGGUGAUCAAGGAGGCCCGCGGCUGGAAGCACUGGGUGUUCUACACCUGCUGUCCCACCACCCCCUACCUGGACAUCACCUACCACUUUGUCAUGCAGCGCCUGCCCCUCUACUUCAUAGUCAACGUCAUCAUCCCCUGCCUGCUCUUUUCCUUCUUAACCAGCCUGGUGUUCUACCUGCCCACAGACUCAGGGGAGAAGAUGACCCUGAGCAUCUCUGUCUUAUUGUCCUUAACUGUGUUCCUUCUGGUCAUCGUGGAGUUGAUCCCUUCCACCUCCAGUGCUGUGCCCCUGAUUGGGAAGUACAUGCUGUUCACCAUGGUGUUUGUCAUAGCGUCCAUCAUCAUCACGGUCGUUGUCAUCAACACCCACCACCGCUCCCCCAGCACCCACAUCAUGCCCGAGUGGGUGCGGAAGGUUUUUAUCUACACGAUCCCAAAUAUAAUGUUUUUCUCCACCAUGAAAAGACCGUCUAGAGACAAACAAGAAAAAAAGAUUUUCACGGAAGACAUUGAUAUUUCUGACAUUUCUGGGAAGCCAGGACCCCCUCCCAUGGGGUUCUACUCCCCCCUGAUCAAACACCCGGAGGUGAAAAGUGCCAUCGAAGGCGUCAAAUACAUCGCAGAGACCAUGAAGUCAGACCAGGAGUCCAAUAAUGCGGCCGAGGAGUGGAAGUACGUGGCCAUGGUGAUGGAUCACAUUCUCCUCGGGGUCUUCAUGCUGGUCUGCCUCAUCGGAACCCUGGCUGUGUUCGCAGGCCGCCUCAUUGAAUUAAAUCAGCAAGGAUGAGCAGGAGGCCUGGGAUCAACCGGAGCAGACCAAGGCAGGAAGGCGGGAGGAUCGGCCUGCUUCAUCCGCUCCCCCUUAGCAAACUUGUUUUCCUGUGCUUAGGGAUGCUGGUGAUCCGUGCUUUCGCGUUUUCCUUCCACCCUGCUGUGUCUCCCUGGAGAGUCAGGGUUCGCUAGGGAAGCCCACCUCCCAGGCCCCAAAAGGUAAAGCACUUGUCCUGGGGAGAGAAGAAACAGAAGGAAGUGAAGUAACUUCAGACAGGACACCAACAUACAAACAGCACCAGAAGCCCAUGUUUAAAGGAAGUCUCUAGAACUAGGAAGUAGGAAAAGUUUACUCAGGUGUUUUUUGUUGUUGUUUUUUGGUUUGUUUUGGUUUGUUUUUGAGAUGCUGAGGAUUGAAUCCAGGUCCUGGAGAGGGAUAAGGAUGUACCAUAUUGCUGCUGUGCACCUUUAAUAGGGCACCUGAUUGGAUUCUUGGGGGGCGUAACACUGAGUUUGAGCAUUAGGCACUAUGGAAUCAUCUCCCCCAUAGGGUUUUAUUUCACCCAUCCCAUAAUGUCCUUAUUUUAAGAACAAGGAAACUGAAUCCCAGAGAGGUUAAGUGCUUUGGGUCAAGCUAGAAGCAGAGCUGGGCUUGGAAGCAGACCUCAAGACUCCAACUGACUCCAGUCCUCUCACUUGCUCCUGGUCACCCCAGCGUGAGGAGGUUGCUCCGGGUCUCUGGCCUGCUUUCUGAGGGCCUCUGGCUUGGAGCCAGCCAUCAUUCUCCCUCCCAGUUAAGCCUCCUGCCUUCUGUUCUCCAUCCUUCCACCAACCAGUGUGGGGUUUGAGUCCAAUAAACGAAACCAGAAAACACAUGCAUGUCAUCACCAUUUCCAAAAUUCUGAAGAAAUAAGAGUUGAAAUUAUUUAUUUUAUCCAUUGUAAACCUUGAACUGCAACAUAGUUUAACCCCAAAAUGAGAGACUGUGUGGGUUGGGGCUCAGAAAUGCCUCCAAAUUGCCAGAACACACCUGACCUGGGUCAGCUCCGGGGCACAGCAGUAAGUGGUGCAGGUGCUGUCAGUGCACCUGUGGGGUUUUGCACUCUCCAAACACACCUGUAGCACAGCUGAUGCCAUCAU